AUGUCUGAACCAAUCAUCGAGGACCCGCCGCCACCUCCACCCGACUUCAAUUCCAUCCAAUUUCACAAUCCCAUCUCCGAUCAACCCCCGAUCGGCGAGCUAAUGUCCGAUCUAGGGUUCCCAAUCGACGCCGAUUUCGAGCUCACUUUCGACGGGAUGGAAGAUCUCUACUUACCCGCCGAAGACGAGACGUUCCUCCUCCCCGAUCACCAAGAACAGUUCGGAGAUUUCACCCCGGAGGAGUCCGAAGGCUCCGCUGUUUCCGGCGAUAAGAGUCUUCUCCAUCGCCGCGACAGUGAAUCUCCCACCGAUCAACCGACUCCGUUGUCGUCUCAGGGAUCAGGUAACUGCGGUUCCGAUGUAUCGGAAGCAGCUACGAACGUCGUGGUGGAUCAGAAGGUUAAGGUGGAAGAGGCACCAGCGUCUGUUACCAAGCGGAAGAAGGAGGAGGAUGUUAGCGACGAAUCGAGGAGCAGUAAGUACAGGAGAUCGGGAGAAGAGAGCGCCGUUACCGUCGCAGGCGAAGGAGAAGAAGAAGAAGAGGACGAGAAGAAGAAGAGAGCGAGGUUGAUUAGGAACCGAGAAAGUGCGCAGCUUUCGAGGCAGAGGAAGAAGCAUUACGUGGAGGAGCUUGAAGAGAAGGUUAGGAGUAUGCAUUCUACGAUAACUGAUUUGAACGGGAAGAUAUCUUAUUUCAUGGCUGAGAACGCUACUUUGAGGCAGCAGUUAGGUGGGAAUGGAAUGUGUGCGGCUCCGCCGCCGCUGCCUCCGAUGGGGAUGUAUCAGCCGAUGGCUUAUCCGUGGAUGCAUUGUCCUCCUUAUAUGGUUAAGCAACAAGGAGGGCAAGUGCCUUUGAUUCCUAUUCCUAGGUUGAAACCACAGAAUCCAGUUAAGGUGAAGAGUAAGAAGAGUGAAGGUAAGACCAAGAAGGUUGCUAGUAUUAGCUUUCUUGGUCUUUUGUUUUGUCUGUUUUUGUUUGGUGCGUUGGCUCCUGUCGUGAACGUUAGUUAUGGAGGGAUUAGUGGUGCUUUUUAUGGGAAUUAUAGGUCUAAUUAUGUUACUGACCAGGUUUAUAGCCAGCAUAGGAAUAGAGUUUUGGAUACAUCUCGUAGUAGUGGUACUGGUUCUGGUGUUUCUGCAGCAGAGAGCUCUGUACCUCCUGGAAAUGGUAGUGAGCCGUUAGUUGCGUCGCUAUUUGUUCCGAGGAAUGAUAAGCUUGUGAAGAUUGAUGGGAAUUUGAUUAUUAAUUCUAUAUUGGCGAGUGAGAAAGCUGUGGCUUCACGUAAGGCUUCUGAAUCGAAUGAGAGUAAAGCUGACGGGGUGAUUCCUAAAGAUAAUUCCCUUGCUCUGCCUCUACCUGACUUGGGAAUGAUCGAAGAUAUGGCUAAGCAUCUCGUAAGAUCUAAGGGUGAAAAACAGAAAGCGUUAUCCUCUGGCUCUGCUGAUACUUUGAGAGACCAAAUCAAAACAAAAGCAGCCAAUGGCGAAAUGCAACAAUGGUUUCGGGAAGGUGUUGCAGGGCCAAUGUUUAGCUCCGGGAUGUGCACAGAAGUGUUUCAAUUCGAUGUCUCCUCAACCUCUGGAGCCAUUAUUCCUGCAUCUCCAGCAACCAACGUCUCUUCUGAACGCAGUAAGAACGCCACAGAGACACACAUGCGAAAGAACAGAAGAACCCUUCGUGGUCUCACCAUUCCACUCCCAGGAUCAGAUUUUAAUUUCACCAAAGAGCACCAAAGAAACAGCUCUAGCAAGGAAAUGAAGCCGGCCUCAUCAAUGGUUGUGUCUGUGCUUGUUGAUCCCAGAGAAGGUGGUGAUGGAAAUAUCGAUGGGAUAAUUGGGGGACCAAAAUCACUGUCCCGAGUUUUUGUUGUCGUGCUUCAGGACAGUGCUAAGUAUGUAACAUACUCUUGUGUCUUACCUCAACCAGGAGCUCCUCAUCUCGUGACCACUUAA